AUGAGCAUCGAAACGCUCCUGGAGGCGGCCAAGUUUUUAGAAUUACAAGCUCUGCAACAGAAAGCACGUGAAGAUGAAUUUAAGGAAAAGCUACUACAAGAGCCAAAGACCCCUGGAGAAGUUACCAGCUAUAGUAAUAGAACAAAAUCCCAGGAGUGCCGUCCAACUUUGAUACGACCCCCAAAGCCACCAGCCUCUGUUGCCUCUGUGCCUAUCCCAGUCCACCCUCUACCUGUGGUCACUCCCAGUCAUGGAGCUUUACCUAUGGCCACGCACUCGCCUCCACCUGCCGCACCUCUGCCCUCCACAAAGAGAGAGUUUCACCAGGAGCAGACCCUCUUGGCCCACCAGCCCACCUCUGCCCUGGGUUCUGAUCAUAAACCCCUUCUGCACGACCAUCAACAGCACUUCUUUGCUCAAACGGCUAAUACUAGUGUUCAGCAGCAGAGCCCUCAGGUUCACCGCUUCCCUGGCUCCAUCGUUUCUCCCUCACAGUCUCAGGCACUACCUCCUCAGCCCGGCACUUUGCUGCAGCAGGCCCCCAUCAUGAACGGAUCACCCAACCAAAGCUGCCCCCUCGAUGACUCCCAACAUCUGGACAGUAAAAGGCGUCCUGGCGGGGCAGGUACCAGAGAGGUCCACAACAAACUUGAGAAGAACAGACGGGCUCACUUGAAGGAGUGCUUCGAGACACUGAGAAAGAAUGUCCCUAAUGUGGAUGAAAAGAAGACCUCGAAUCUGAGUGUGCUGAGAAGUGCACUGCGAUACAUUCAGACAUUGAAACGCAAGGAGAAGGAAUAUGAGCAUGACAUGGAACGUCUGGCCAGGGAAAAGAUCGCCACGCAGCAGCGGCUGGCAGAGCUGAAGAACGAUCUGAGCCAGUUUAUGGAUGUGGUGGAGAUCGACCGUGCCCUCAGGCAAACUGUGCAGCCCGAGGAGGACCAGGCCUCCACAUCCACUGCAUCAGAGGGGGAAGACAUUAUAGAUGAACUUGACGAUGAGAUGGAGCUGGAGCAGAGCCCGCCUCCCCCUGCCCCAAGUGCCACUAAACCAGAGCUACCAAAAGCCGUCGCUCCUCCAGAGAAGCCCGCUGUGAUCUCCAGUCUGUGCAUCGUCCAGCAGAAAGCAUCACCUACACGACCGCCCCCGCGACCGCCAAUCCAACCCACACCGACAGUGACAUCCACACACAACUCCACGGGACCCACCCCUGCACUGCACCCCACCGUGAUAGCCCACUCGUCGGUGUCCCACCCCUCGGUCAUCCAGACGCUAAACCACCUCAUCCAGAGUCCCAAACACAUCCCCAGUUUGGCCCCGUCGACGUGCGGUGGGCCGAUGCAUUUGACUCCAGCUCAGCAGCACAUCGGUCACAUCACCGUGCACCCGGUCGCCCACCUGCCCACCCUGUACUCUCAGCCAGUAGCCAUCACGCAGUCCGGCAUUGUAGGUCACAUCACCCACACACUGACCCAUGCCCACCCCCAGCUCGGUGGCCCCGCGGCGGGCACUGGCGCUGCGUUAGUGGGGAAACAGACGACUAUGGGCGCCCAAAUGGUCACUCAUCACACGCAGCUUGUCGGUCAGACUGUCCUCAAUCCAGUGACAAUGGUGACCAUGCCCUCGUUCCCCAUAAGUACUCUGAAACUGGCUUGA